CAUUCCUUUCGAGUCUUUAUCUGUCGACGACUCCUCCCUUUGAGGACGGCGACAGAAUAGACAACAAAUCUGGCGCCCCUCGACUCCGAUAACGAAGUUGCAUCCUCCUCCAGCGACCGUCCCGCGAUCGCACACCGUCGAAGGCGAUCUUCUGUAAGCGACUCUGGUAAUCGCGUUUCUCCCCUGCGUCUGGGCCAUCAGGCCCAGUACCUGCAGCCGACUUUAAGUCCAAUACCUGGUACACCCAAUUUCCCGAUGUCCUUGAGUAGGAGCCCCUCUCCUGUUCCCGGGGGAGGAUGGUCUUCUCCCGGCCUAAACAUAAACACGAGCGGUCGAUCGAGUCCAGCGAAAUCGUCCUUUGCCGGCCCUAGUAAUGGUGGUAGUGUAACAUGGGAGUCUGCGAGACUCAAGAGUCAAGGUGUCACUGGUUACCCAGCAUUUUCAACACAAAAUCAGGGAUUCUUCACCCGACAUAUGCGCCGUAUUUCGAGUAGUUUACCGACGUUCAACAUGGCGACCGAUGAAAGAUACGCGGAAAAGGAGAAACUCGGACGGGGUCGGUGGAAGAUCCCCCUCAUUGGAAGAAUUAGAGGCAUAGUUGCGCGAACGAGUAGGAUGUGGAAGAUACGUGCGCUUAUAGUGUUACUACUAUUCACUUUCUACUUGCUAUUCUACAUAACUCCUCUUUGGUAUUAUUGGAGGAGAACUAGCUGGCUAGGAGGCGGGGAAAAGUUUGUUAUUAUACUAGCUGCAAAUAUCGGCGGUGGUGUAAUGGAGUGGAAGGGUGCACGAGAAUGGGCUAUCGAAAGAGAUAGUGUCAGGAAUAAGCGAAAAUACGUCGGUAGAUGGGGCUACGACCUUGAAAUUGUCGACAUGAGUACCAAGAAACGAUAUGCGCACGAGUGGCGAGAAAGUUGGGAGAAGGUAGACAGUAUCAGGAACAGUUUCAGGAAAUAUCCAAAGGCCGAAUGGAUCUGGUGGUUGGACCUUAACACAUUCGUUAUGGAACCCUCGUAUUCUCUUCAACACCACCUAUUCAACAAUCUCGAAAAACACAUAUACCGCGACAUAAACGAAUACAACCCUCUCAACAUCAGCCAUCCUCUACAGGCCAAUUAUCUGGAUCCCGAAGCGCUAAGUGCGGUCGGGGACGGAAAUAUCGAUUCUGUGAACCUAAUUCUCUCCCAGGACUGUUCAGGGUUCAACCUAGGUUCUUUUUUUAUCAAACGAAGUGAAUGGACCGAUCGCCUACUGGAUAUAUGGUGGGACCCGGUAGCCUAUGAGCAAAAACACAUGCAAUGGGAGCACAAGGAACAAGAUGCGCUGGAGCAAUUGUAUACGACUCAACCAUGGAUUCGGAGCCAUACGGCUUUCCUUCCUCAACGACUAAUCAACAGCUUUCCAACUGGCGCAUGCUCAGACAAUGGAAAUGACACUCGUAUUCAUUAUAACCAAGAUGAUCGGGAUUUUGUUGUCAACAUGGCAGGUUGCGAAUGGGGUCGCGAUUGUUGGGGAGAAAUGUAUAACUUCCGCGAACUCAGCUAUUAUCUAAACCGAAACCCUUGGGAGCGUUUCAAGGAAGAUUUAAUCGCCGUCAUCUGGUUUAAGUUGACGGGCCAGAAGGUCAAGUUAUAGGAUGACUACCCUCUAGCCCCGUCAAGGCCAUGACCGCGACGAGCAUUUUGGUUUGGAUUGCUGGAUCGCAUUAUCUUCAUAUUUCCCCCCCUUUUGAAUCCUUAUUAUUUGUCUCCAGCCUCGGUCUGUCGGCACAUGUUCCCCUUCUA